AUGGCAUCAAACACUGUCCCCGCAUCGCGCCUCGACACGCUUCCUGUCGAGCUGCUGCACAUAAUAUUCGGCCACGCCUUCAGCAAACACCUUCUUGUGGACUCAACCAUGCAUUCGAUUGGCGUCCAUGAUGUCUUGCUUGGCCUCCAAGCCGAUCCGCUCAACUCAGCGACCGUGCGCCGCGUGGCUCGCGAGUGGCUGCACUCCAGUGUCGACGUACUGAUCACGCCACUUGAAUUUGAAGUUUGUCAGUCGCCCGACGUCUUGAUUGACAUUCAGGCGAAAUCCGCGAAGCUGCGUGCCGAGCCGGAUCUGGCCCUCGCUGCCCGUCGUCUUCGGCUGGUACAAGACUAUUACAGCGUUCGCGUCUCGGAACUGUACAGUCGAACACGUCCCGCCCAUGUUGAGAACAUUGCGGCCUGUAUAAAAACGUCAGCCGUGACGCGGGCACGCGUCGACCGAAUGGCGGCCGCCUUCGAGGCUCUCGCGCCCCAUUUGGCGUACCUGCGCCCAUACUCGCUGUACCGGACACCAUCCCGGUGGGCCAACACGGCGGUGCAAAUACUGGAUCUCCUGACUCUGCUGCCGGGCCUUAAGACGCUGCAAUGCCAUGUGUCAAAGCUGGGCAUCAUUCCGAGCGAGGCGAGCGACGCGCACGGGGCCGCCGUUCCCAAUCUCGCUCGUCUUCGGCACUUGGAAAUUGACGAGCCGAGAGACGCCUGGGACACGGGCGCUCUGGAUUUGCACGGUGCCCUUGUGCGCGCCGCGCCGUUCCUGGAGACUCUCAGCAUCUCAGGGAUCAGCUAUGCGUAUUCGACGGCCCGGACGACCGGCACGGCGGACGCAGACGCAGACGCAGACGCAGACGCAAACACGGCUCCUUGUGCGUCUCCUUCUCUUGCCUAUCUGACGUCACUGCACGCUGAGACAUGUUCCUUGACGCCCGUCUCCUUGCGCACCCUUUUUGCGGCCAUCGGGCCAAGCCUCAAGGAUGUGCGCAUGGACCUCGGUCGUCAGACGUGCCGGCCGAGCACGACCAAUCCUGUGGCGUUCAUACAGCACGACGAUGAUGAAUACAGUCCCCGGAGUGAUGAGCUCUUCACCAUGUACGACCUGCUCACGGCCCUCCAGCCCUGGCAGGCCACCUCCCUCACGAGCCUGGCGGCCGUCAAUAGAAUCGACGCCCUUUCCCACAUCAAAUCGGACGAGCCCUACUGGCUGAACUCGGAAGGUGGGUACGACGAGGACCGCGACGUACGCGACCGCCACGGGCCGUCCUCCAUGGCCGUGCUGGCCGGCUUUACGGCGCUGCGCCACCUCACCAUCAGCAUCGACCUGCUUGACUGGCGCACCGCCUUCAACACGCGCGCAAAGGCGACCCGCGAGGUCGCCGACGCGCUGGUGGCGCAGCUGCCGCCCAACCUCGAGACCCUCACUAUUGUCCCCGCCAAGGGUGAGCUCUCGUGGAUGGAUGAGUACAGUCCCGGCCGCACCGAGACCGACCCCGACGACGACAGCAUUGUGGCCUGCUGCGGCUGGUGGCCCCGUCGCCAGGCGCUGGCCAAGGCGCUGAUGGCGGCAACGCGCGCCGGGCGAUUUCCGCGGCUGACGCGCAUCCGGCUCCAGCCGGACGAGAAGUGGGAGGCAACGUACGACGUUGUCCGAAAGGAAGAGGGAGAUGGAGUCGAGGGAGCCAAUACCACGCGCACAAUCACGCUGGCGGCCCUCUGCGCCGACCAGCUUGUGCUCUUGACCGACGACCACACGUCAUCCAUUAGAUUUCCCAAGAGAAAGUAG